AUGAGCCGAGUCCCGAAAGAAGUAAAAACGCAAGUGCGCACGCCCACCAAGAGAGAAGCCCUCAGUACAGUCAUGUCGAUCUACGAUCCACUGGGACUUCUCAGCGUGUACACCAUUCGCGCCAAGAUCAUCCUUCAGAACUUAUGGCGCUUAAAGAUGUCGUGGGACGAACGGGUGCCAGAGGAAGACGGCAAGCUGUUCGCGACGUGGUUGUCGCAACUGUCGGCGAUCGGCCAGUUGCGCAUUCCCCGACAUUAUGGACCGACGAGCCACGAGCGACGCAUCGAGCUCCACGUUAUGUGCGACGCCAGCGAGCAGGCCUACGCAGCGGUGGCGUAUUGGCGGAUGGUCGGCCAAGAGAACGUUACUCUCUCUUUGGUGGCCGCCAAGGCGAAGGUGGCACCGCGACGGACGCAAACGAUACCCCGCCUCGAGCUGCAAGCGGCGGUAAUCGGGGCGCGCCUCGCUGACGCAGUGAAGAAGGAGCAUCGCAUCGUGGCGGAGAGAACUAUAUAUUGGACUGACUCCACAACAGUCAUCCACUGGAUCCGGAACAACGAGCGACGGUACACACCCUUCGUCGCGCAUCGUCUGCGGGAGAUCGCCGAGCUCACCGACAAAAGUGAGUGGCGAUGGCUACCCACGACGCACAACGUCGCCGAUGAAGCCACUCGACUUCGGAGCGACGCCGUGAGUGAAGACAGCCGGUGGUUCCGGGGACCUGAUUUCCUCCUCGAGCCCGAACAAUCAUGGCCCACGAGAGACGGAAGUCAGGACGACGAAGCAGAGGUCCUGCACAUCACAGAGAGCCCGGAAAAGGAACGCUGGCUGCCCGACCCGACCCGCUUCUCCAAGUAUGAAACAUUGGUGCGAGCCACGGCGAGAGUCUUGGCGUUCGCGGACAUCGCGCGACGCAAGACACCACACCUGGAAGUGGGACACCUGAAGCGGGCGGAGCUGUUAUUAAUGCAACAGGCGCAAAGGGAGAGCUUCGGGGAAGAGCUGCAACGAUUGAAGUCUUCCCAGCCGGUACAAAGGACGAGUCGGCUAUUCAAGCUGGACCCGGUGUUAGAAGAUGGCGUGCUGCGAGUCCGGGGACGCAUCGGAGCAGCCACAGUCCCGGAUGACGCCAAACGACCGGUCAUCUUGGACGGCCGACACCCCGUCACGAAGCUCAUCGUGCUGCAAGAACACUGUGCCGCAGGUCACGCAAAUAGGGAGCGCGUGACCAACGACCUGCGGCAAAAAUAUUGGAUAAUACACCUGAGGCCCACCGUGCGCACCGUGGAACGAGACUGCGCACUGUGUAAGGUGCGACGCACGAAGCCGCAGCCACCGGCCACGGGAGAUCUACCCCGUGCCCGCUUGGACCCGUAUCAUCGGCCCUUCUCCAACUGCGGAGUGGACUACUUCGGGCCGAUGAUAGUGAAGAUCGGACGCCGGCGAGAGAAGCGUUGGGGCGCGCUGUUCACCUGUCUAACGACACGCGCCAUACAUCUGGAGCUCGCCGCAUCCCUGUCAACGGAUUCGGCCAUCAUGGCGUUGCGCAGGAUGGCAGCAAAGAAGAGGAUGGCCGAAAAUAAUGUAUUCCGACAACGCCACAAACUUCAGGGGAGCGGAUGA